AUGUGCUUCCAGCGCGACAGCAACAAGGACAAGAUCAUCGUCUGGGCGUUUAUCGUAGGGACUGUCGGGUUGCUGGGCUGGGCUGCUUUUAAAAAGGUUGUGGCGAUGCGUCAGGGGGGUGCGUUUCCGAGACAGGGUAGCAACUAUGCUCCCAUGCAAGGGAACUUCCGAUGA